AUGCUGCCAGUACUACUUCUAGUGACAGCAUUCGUUAGCAAUGUGCAUGGCGCGAAGAUACUGCUGGCCUCAAUGCCUCAAGGACGUUCACACACCGGUUCUUUUAUGGCACUAAUCAACAAACUGAAAGACGCUGGUCAUCAGGUGUUUCUCUAUAUGGAAGCGUAUCCGGAUGAGAUGAAUUUUUUACUGGAAGACCGAAUUCUAAAGAUUAAAAGUGAGUAA